AUGGCCGAGCCAAAGCCCCUUCCCUUCCAGUACCAAUUCGCCGCAGGCGCGAUUGCCGGCGUCUCGGAGAUUCUGGUCAUGUAUCCUUUGGAUGUCAUCAAGACUCGAAUCCAGCUGCAGACCGGCACGAGUGCCGCCAGUGGCGAGGCAUAUACCGGUAUGCUGGAUUGCUUCCAGAAGAUUGUCAAGACCGAAGGAUUUUCACGUCUCUACCGCGGUAUCUCCGCCCCCAUUCUGAUGGAAGCCCCCAAGCGAGCCACCAAGUUUGCUGCCAACGAUGAAUGGGGCAAGGUCUACCGCAAGAUGUUUGGUGUCGACAAAAUGAACCAGUCAUUGUCCGUCCUUACCGGUGCUACGGCCGGCGCCACGGAAUCCUUUGUUGUUGUUCCCUUCGAACUGGUCAAGAUUCGUCUCCAGGAUAAGGCAUCAGCUGGAAAGUACAACGGCAUGGUUGACUGCGUUGUCAAGACAGUCAAAAACGAGGGUCCUCUCACCCUUUACCAGGGUCUCGAAAGUACAAUGUGGCGACACAUUCUAUGGAACGCUGGCUACUUUGGCUGCAUCUUCCAGGUCCGACAGUUGUUACCCCAGGCUGAUACCAGCAGGGGCAAGAUGGUCAAUGAUUUGAUCUCUGGUGCUAUUGGUGGAACUAUCGGAACUGUGCUGAACACUCCAUUGGACGUUGUCAAGAGCAGAAUUCAGAACACCCCCAAGGUGCCUGGCCAGAUCCCCAAGUACAACUGGGCAUUCCCUUCCGUCGUGACUGUCUUCAAAGAGGAAGGCUUUAGCGCCUUGUACAAGGGCUUUUUGCCCAAGGUUCUCCGUCUGGGCCCAGGAGGCGGUAUUCUAUUGGUUGUUUUCACCACUGUCAUGGAUACUUUCCGCAAGUGGCAAUCAUAA